UAUAAAUUGAAUGAGGGAGUACAUUUCUGAAAAAUGGGACGCUAGCCGUGCAAAUAACACUUCCCACCUUAGUCAAACAAUUUUAACAGCUCCUUGAUUACACAUAAUUGUUCAUUUAGCACAUGAUUAUUCACUAUGAACCAGUAAACAUCUCAGUAUUUGGCUUUAUUUUCUGUAUGUAGAGAACAGUAAAUAUUUGUCGGCUUAAUUUAUCAAUUUUACAAGUCGAGUAUAUCAAUUGUAAACCCAAAAUAUAAUUAAAAAAGGUUAUAGGUACAAUAUGCCCCUCUACUAUUUUUUACACCAAACAUGUCCCUGUACUUUGAAAAAAUUAUCAAACAUGCACUUAUGUUAAAAUUUUUAUCCAAAACCGUUAACCACGGCCAAACUUUUGUUUGGGCGGCACAAAUGUCUAAAAUAUCCCGAAUAAUUUCACUUUAGAAUUUUUUUGGUUAUUUUAUAUAGCCAAAUAAUCCUAAUAAUUUCACUUUGACGAGAAUCAGAGAAAUAAAACAGGGGAAAAAACUGACAUUCUCCCUCCCAUUUGCCGAUAUCGGGCCGUCUAAAUCUCGGUUCAACCAUGAUUGACAAUUUUUUAAAUGAAAAUUUUAAUAGAAGGGCAUGUUUGAUAAUUUUUCCAAAGUACAGGAGUAUGUUUGAGAAUUUUUCCAAAGUAUAGGAGCAUGUUUGAUGUAAAAAAUAAUAGAGGGACAUGUUUGAUAAAACGACAUAAUAGAGGGGCAUAUUAUACCUAUAACCUUAAAAAAGGCUAGGAAAAGAAUUAACAGGCCCAUAAAUCUUAUCGCAUAGCCCAAUCCUCCACAUUGGAGGCAUGGCCCAUUGAGUCCAAAAAGAAAAGGACCAAACGAGAAAACUUAUCUAGUCGUUCCCUCUCUCUCAUUACUUCGACCGCAUCGAAUCAAGUUAAGUCCCAAAACCGACAUAGAAACCAAACUUGACCUCUCAAAUCUGCCAUGGCGGCGGCGGCGGCAUUUGCUCCUUCUCUCCUUCCGCGGCUUCAGAUAACCGCCUCCAAAGGAUGACGUCUUCCACCGUCAAUCCAAAAGGCUUUUCGUCAUGUCUUGCCGCCAGUCAGCUACUAUGGGUGCGUAACGUUGCUCUGCUUUCUAGUUUCUGCCUAAUUUUUUCUUUUUGGGGUUGCCCAGACAAUUUGAUUGAUAAUUUUUUUCCCCAAUGCAUGUCAGAACAACCGCUAAAGCACAAUCUCAGCCGCCAUCUCUGCCGCAGCAACGGCCACCGCCGAGAUCGGUGGCCGUUCGGACGGCCUACGAGCUCCUCGGAGCUGGCCACAUGUAUUUGGAUGUCAGAACAAGCGAGGAGUUUGAUGCAGGGCAUCCCACUGGAGCUGUUAAUAUUCCUUACCUCCUCAGGAAAGGAGCAGAGAUGAGCAAGAAUCCGAAGUUCUUGGACGAAGUGUCGUCGAAGUUCGAGAAGGAAGAUGAGAUUGUUAUUGGAUGCCAGAGUGGAAAGAGGUCACUAAUGGCUGCUGCUGAUAUGCAAUCUGCUGGGUUUACUCGUGCAAUCGAUGUUGCCGGUGGCUAUAUAUCAUGGCUCGAAAAUGGGCUCCCCACAACAAUCAAAUAACUGCUGCUGCUGCUUUUGAUUCGUUUCUACUUCAGAUACUUCGACGACAGAGAGAAACAGAAGACUAUUUGCUUCUACCAUAAGCAAUUAAGGAUUCAGAAAGACUGCAACUUUGACAUUUCAUUGUAACAGUUUUGCAAUAGAUAAGACACAGAUAAGAAUCAUGCUUGUCUGAUACGAAUGAUCUAUCUAUGAAGCUCUUGAUGUUCAAUAAUAACAGCCUUAUGCA